GUUGCCUUCCACAGUCACUUCAGAAAGCUCUAGUUUUACUCCAACAUCCCCAGAACAAAGUACUGAAACAGCUGUAACAGGCACUAGUACAACAGAGAACAAAGCAACAACUCUUGAGACUUCUGAGACAAUGACAUCCGCACACCCCGAAUCACCAACUACUUCGAUUACAACAAUGGCACAAACAGGAACAACACAAUCUACAGAGUCUGUCCCACCAGUCACCACCAAUGAAAUUACUCUAACUACCACCAUUGACCAUUCCACAACAACUUCAGAGACUUCCUCCAGUUCGCCUUCCACAGUUACUUCAGAAGGCUCUAGUUUUACUCCAACAUCCCCAGAACAAAGUACUGAAACAGCUGUAACAGGCACUGGUACAACAGAGAACAAAGCAACAACUCUUCAGACUUCUGAGACAAUGACAUCUGCACACCAUGAACCACCAACUACUUCUAUUACAACAAUGGCACAAACAGGAACAACACAAUCUACACAGUCUGUCCCACCAGUCACCACCAAUGAAAUUACUCUAACUACUAACACUGACCAUUCCACAACAACUUCAGAGACUUCCUCCAGUUCGCCUUCCACAGUCACUUCAGAAGUCUCUAGUUUUACUCCAACACCCCCAGAACAAAGUACUGAAACAGCUGUAACAGGCACUGGUACAACAGAGAACAAAGCAACAACUCUUCAGACUUCUGAGACAAUGACAUCCGCACACCCCGAAUCACCAACUACUUCUAUUACAACAAUGGCACAAACAGGAACAACACAAUCUACAGAGUCUGUCCCACCAGUCACCACCAAUGAAAUUACUCUAACUACCAACAUGGACCAUUCCAUAACAACUGUUUUUGAGACAACUUCAGAGACUUCCUCCAGUUCGCCUUCCACAGUCACUUCAGAAAGCUCUAGUUUUACUCCAACAUCUCCAGAACAAAGUACUGAAAGAGCUGUAACAGGCAGUGGUACAACAGAGAACAAAGCAACAACUCCUGAGACUUCUGAGACAAUGACAUCCGCACACCCUGAAUCACCAACUACUUCUAUUAUAACAUUGGCACAAACAGGAACAACACAAUCUACAGAGUCUGUCCCACCAGUCACCACCAAUGAAAUUACUCUAACUACCACCAUUUACCAUUCCACAACAACUUCAGAGACUUCCUCCAGUUCGCCUUCCACAGUUGCUUCAGAAAGCUCUAGUUUUACUCCAACAUCCCCAGAACAAAGUACUGAAACAGCUGUAACAGGCACUAGUACAACAGAGAACAAAGCAACAACUCUUGAGACUUCUGAGACAAUGACAUCCGCACACCCCGAAUCACCAACUACUUCUAUUACAACAAUGGCACAAACAGGAACAACACAAUCUACACAGUCUGUCCCACCAGUCACCACCAAUGGAAUUACUCUAACUACCACCAUUGACCAUUCCACAACAACUUCAGAGACUUCCUCCAGUUCGCCUUCCACAGUCACUUCAGAAAGCUCUAGUUUUACUCCAACAUCCCCAGAACAAAGUACUGAAACAGCUGUAACAGGCACUAGUACAACAGAGAACAAAGCAACAACUCUUGAGACUUCUGAGACAAUGACAUCUGCACACCCCGAAUCACCAACUACUUCUAUUACAACAAUGGCACAAACAGGAACAACACAAUCUACAGAGUCUGUCCCACCAGUUCCCACCAAUGAAAUAACUCUAACGACCACCACUGACCAUUCCACAACAACUGUUUUUGAGACAACUUCAGAGACUUCCUCCAGUUCGCCUUCCACAGUCACUUUAGAAAGCUCUAGUUUUACUCCAACAUCCCCAGAACAAAGUACUGAAACAGCUGUAACAGGCACUAGUACAACAGAGAACAAAGCAACAACUCUUGAGACUUCUGAGACAAUGACAUCCGCACACCCUGAAUCACCAACUACUUCUAUUACAACAAUGGCACAAACAGGAACAACACAAUCUACACAGUCUGUCCCACCAGUCACCACCAAUGAAAUUACUCUAACUACCACCAUUGACCAUUCCACAACAACUGUUUUUGAGACAACUUCAGAGACUUCCUCCAGUUCGCCUUCCACGGUCACUUCAGAAAGCUCUAGUUUUACUCCAACAUCCCCAGAAGAAAGUACUGAAACAGCUGUAACAGGCACUAGUACAACAGAGAACAAAGCAACAACUCUUCAGACUUCUGAGACAAUGACAUCCGCACACCCCGAAUCACCAACUACUUCUAUUACAACAAUGGCACAAACAGGAACAACACAAUCUACAGAGUCUGUCCCACCAGUCACCACCAAUGAAAUUACUCUAACUACCACCAUUGACCAUUCCACAACAACUUCAGAGACUUCCUCCAGUUCGCCUUCCACAGUCACUUCAGAAAGCUCUAGUUUUACUCCAACAUCCCCAGAACAAAGUACUGAAACAGCUGUAACAGGCACUAGUACAACAGAGAACAAAGCAACAACUCUUGAGACUUCUGAGACAAUGACAUCCGCACACCGCGAAUCACCAACUACUUCUAUUACAACAAUGGCACAAACAGAAACAACACAAUCUACAGAGUCUGUCCCACCAGUCACCACCAAUGAAAUUACUCUAACUACCACCACUGACCAUUCCAUAACAACUGUUUUUGAGACAACUUCAGAGACUUCCUCCAGUUCGCCUUCCACAGUCACUUCAGAAAGCUCUAGUUUUACUCCAACAUCCCCAGAACAAAGUACUGAAACAGCUGUAACAGGCACUGGUACAACAGAGAACAAAGCAACAACUCCUGAGACUUCUGAGACAAUGACAUCCGCACACACCGAAUCACCAACUACUUCUAUUACAACAAUGGCACAAACAGGAACAACACAAUCUUCAGAGUCUGUCCCACCAGUCACCACCAAUGAAAUUACUCUAACUACCAACACUGACCAUUCCAUAACAACUGUUUUUGAGACAACUUCAGAGACUUCCUCCAGUUCGCCUUCCACAGUCACUUCAGAAGGCUCUAGUUUUACUCCAACAUCCCCAGAACAAAGUACUGAAACAGCUGUAACAGGCACUGGUACAACAGAGAACAAAGCAACAACUCUUCAGACUUCUGAGACAAUGACAUCUGCACACCAUGAACCACCAACUACUUCUAUUACAACAAUGGCACAAACAGGAACAACACAAUCUACAGAGUCUGUCCCACCAGUCACCACCAAUGAAAUUACUCUAACUACUAACACUGACCAUUCCACAACAACUUCAGAGACUUCCUCCAGUUCGCCUUCCACAGUCACUUCAGAAGGCUCUAGUUUUACUCCAACAUCCCCAGAACAAAGUACUGAAACAGCUGUAACAGGCACUGGUACAACAGAGAACAAAGCAACAACUCUUCAGACUUCUGAGACAAUGACAUCUGCACACCAUGAACCACCAACUACUUCUAUUACAACAAUGGCACAAACAGGAACAACACAAUCUACAGAGUCUGUCCCACCAGUCACCACCAAUGAAAUUACUCUAACUACUAACACUGACCAUUCCACAACAACUUCAGAGACUUCCUCCAGUUCGCCUUCCACAGUCACUUCAGAAGUCUCUAGUUUUACUCCAACAUCCCCAGAACAAAGUACUGAAACAGCUGUAACAGGCACUGGUACAACAGAGAACAAAGCAACAACUCUUCAGACUUCUGAGACAAUGACAUCCGCACACCCCGAAUCACCAACUACUUCUAUUACAACAAUGGCACAAACAGGAACAACACAAUCUACAGAGUCUGUCCCACCAGUCACCACCAAUGAAAUUACUCUAACUACCAACCCUGACCAUUCCACAACAACUUCAGAGACUUCCUCCGGUUGGCCUUCCACAGUCACUUCAGAAAGCUCUAGUUUUACUCCAACAUCCCCAGAACAAAGUACUGAAACAGCUGUAACAGGCACUGGUACAACAGAGAACAAAGCAACAACUCUUGAGACUUCUGAGACAAUGACAUCCGCACACCCCGAAUCACCAACUACUUCUAUUACAACAAUGGCACAAACAGGAACAACACAAUCUACAGAGUCUGUCCCACCAGUCACCACCAAUGAAAUUACUCUAACUACCAACACUGACCAUUCCACAACAACUUCAGAGACUUCCUCCAGUUCGCCUUCCACAGUCACUUCAGAAAGCUCUAGUUUUACUCCAACAUCCCCAGAACAAAGUACUGAAACAGCUGUAACAGGCACUGGUACAACAGAGAACAAAGCAACAACUCCUGAGACUUCUGAGACAAUGACAUCCGCACACCCUGAAUCACAAACUACUUCUAUUAUAACACUGGCACAAACAGGAACAACACAAUCUACAGAGUCUGUCCCACCAGUCCCCACCAAUGAAAUAACUCUAACUACCACCAUUGACCAUUCCACAACAACUGUUUUUGAGACAACUUCAGAGACUUCCUCCAGUUCGCCUUCCACAGUCACUUUAGAAAGCACUAGUUUUGCUCCAUCAGCCCCAGAACAAAGUACUGAAACAGCUGUAACAGGCACUGGUACAACAGAGAACAAAGCAACAACUCCUGAGACUUCUGAGACAAUGACAUCCGCACACCCUGAAUCACCAACUACUUCUAUUACAACAAUGGCACAAACAGGAACAACACAAUCUACAGAGUCUGUCCCACCAGUCACCACCAAUGAAAUUACUCUAACUACCACCAUUGACCAUUCCACAACAACUUCAGAGACUUCCUCCAGUUCGCCUUCCACAGUCACUUCAGAAAGCUCUAGUUUUACUCCAACAUCCACUGAACAAAGUACUCAAACAUUUGUAACAGGCUCUAGUACAACAGAGAACAAAGGAACAACUACUCAGGCGUCUGAGAUAAUGACAUCUGCACUUCCUGACUCACAAGCUACAGUUGUACAGCCCAACUCAAGUCCUACAGUUCCCAGUCAUACAUCCUCUUCUUUCUCGUCCUCAACCACAUCUGUGUCCUAUUUAACUGAUAUAUCCACCAGUGAAACAACAACAAUUGUAGGCCCAGUCACCAGUCCUACAUCGUCAGCAACAGUUAGUUUUUCUUCAUCAAUUACUCUCCCCACUUCAAAUUUGACACCCUCUUUGACAACAAUAGUGUGCCAAGAUGAUGCCUAUGGAGACUCAUGUUCUUAUGGAGAAAACAACACUGUCCCAAUCAUUGAUACUGCACCCGUCCGUAAAGUAAACAUUACUUUCAAAUUCAACGUCACUUUUAUCCAGGCUUUUCUUAAUUUAAAUUCACCUGAAUCACAGACAUUCAUCAACAAAUUAGAAGCACAGCUCAGAAGCCUGUGUAGAGAAGCAGAUCCCCAGGCCUAUCAAACAGUUAAAGUCAUCAAAUUAAGUCAAGGAAGUGUUGUUGCAAAGAGCGUGGCGGAGUAUCAGUAUCAAAACAAUGAAACUCAAAUCGAGUUUAUUAACACUAAUCUUAGUGUGGUUUUGAGGAAUAUCCUACAAAAUGAAAAUAAUAUCAACAAAAUUUCUUUGGCCUUUGGUAAUCAAAGUGUGCAGUUAAAUGAUCUCAGCUUUGAGGCACCUGCAAUUACUAAUAUCACAGAGUUGGGGUCUUAUAUUAACUGCUCUCGGUUUGCUAAUUACACUGCUGAGAUUAUUAAUGGUCAAUGGCAGUGUGUUGGACCAUGCAAAAAAAACCCUGAUUACUGCAAUGGACACGGACAAUGUUUAAAUGACAUUUACACAGGCGCAGUCUGCAGGUGCUACGAAACCAGCCUGGAGCAGUUUUAUGGUCCACAAUGUGACCUUUUCCGCCGAGGUCCAGGUUUCUAUGGAGCACUGUUUGGCUCACUCGCAGUAGCGCUCCUGCUCUUGAUUAUAAUUGUCAUCGCUGUCAUUGUCAAAAGGAGAAAUAUGUAUACUUGGAAAAGGAGCAACUCUCAGAGAAGAAGAUUGUCUUUUCUUGAGGAAGAUUUCUUUGACUUCACUGAUACGGGAAUCCCCAACUUGGGACUGGCAGGCACUUAUAGAGCAGAAAACAUUUAGAAAUUGAUAUAUUCACUAUGUUAUAUAAAAUUAAGCAAUUAGUUACUGUUUUAAUCGCUAAUAAUCUUGCUUAAAGAUCAGUAAGAACUAUCAUCUUUUAAUUUUAAAACAUUUUGAAGUUGUUGUGAUAUUUAUCAUUUAUUUAUAAGAACUUAAAUUUAAUGUAUAUGUUUUUCACGUAUAUUUUCAUGUCAUGGGAGUGCAAAAUGCACCACCACACACACAUAUCAUGAAGCACCAUUUCUCUUUUUAUCCUGUCUUGACAUAUCUUUCUCAGCACUGUUCAAAUAAUAAAAAUAAUAAUGAAUCUCUUUUAACCUGAA